AAAUUCCGAUUUUAAAUAACUGGCCGUCCCGGAAAAGAAAUGUCGCCUCUCAGUGACGCAAUGUCCGCUCUAUACUUUGUUCCGGUGUAGACCAGAAUAUCACAUGGUCAAAUGCGGAAGUGGUUGUUAUGGAUCACGAUUACUCUUUGGCGAGUAUUGAAGUGCCAGUAAAACGGAAGCGUCCAUAUUUGGAUACACGCAGACUGUGUGACAAACGGAGGAAUAAAACCAGGAUAAAUAUCGGCCAGGCGUUUUCGAGAUGGAGAGAGCUGCGCGACAAUCUUGGACUUGACAGAGACUCUGCUCUCGCGAGUGUAUUGAUAGACAUGUAAGCAAAUCAAUUAUUUAUUUUAGAACGAUUGGUUUGAGCACGUAAAAAAAAAACACGGCAUUAACCAUAAACACGUAACACUGCACAACAUUAACCCAACAAAUCAUUUAACAAAUAGCUGUAAGUUGUAACGGGAUAAUAUAGCAUAACAUUUCACGUUCCUUGCAGUUCAUUAAUUAUGAUGACAUAAAAUAAUACGAUCAGAUAUACAGGUAAUACAAAAACAAAUAAAUUACCUCAUCCGUGAUCAUGAUUCGUUUAUCCAAUUUAGAUACAUCGCUAUGGCGAAAACGCAUUUAAAAUGACAUCUCCCAUCGUCACCUGCUUCAUAGCGUCAUCAAGCUUCGCCUUUGUUAUUGUUGGAAAUGCGCCCUCUUGUGGUCAAAUACCAAGGUUACAUACUGCAGCUUUAAUGAGAAUUUUGAGAAUGGUCUGUCGAUAACUUUUAAAGAUAUUAUUUUGGGAUAUUAUAUAUUAAUUUAUUAAAUAAGAAAGCAACUAAAACGAUUUCCGUUCGCGAGAACUUUAAUUCAUGCAGUAACUGAUCUACAAGUUAAUUACUUACCCACAUCUUUUUUUUUUUACUUUAAUAUUGUUCAAUCCAUUUCCAUGUUCCAUAAUGAUAUUGAACAUACUCUUUUAUUCAUGCAUUGUAUGCAUAUGAAAAUCGUAAGCUUAUUUAUACAUUGUAUCUGUAUAGUUAAGUUAAAUAAAAAUGUAAUAAAAAAUAUAUACAUUUGGCUUCUCUUCUUGGAGGACUUAUCAACAGGCCCAUAGAUGACGCUAUUGCACUAGCACGUAAACUUCUCCAACUUUUGUUUUUACAACGUCACUUCCGGGUAUGUGAUGGCAUGACAGCAGGAAGAGAAAUCCAUUUUCGGUGAUGGGUGCAGACAGUGGUCCCGGUGCUCCGGCGGCGGUCCCGUGGCGUAAAGUGCUGUACGAGCGGCAGCCUUUCCCAGACAACUACGUGGACAGCCGUUUCUUGGAAGAGCUGCGACGCAACAUCCGGGUCCGUCAGUACCGUUACUGGUCUGUGGUGCGAGAGACAGGACUGAUCGCACAGCAGGUGUCGUGGGUGGCGAUCUUUCUCACAUUAUGGUAUUACAUGGAACAAGGUGCCCUGGUGCCAUCCGCGGUGUUGUGGGUCAGCAUGGGUUGUGCUCUGCUGGGCUACGGACUCUACGAGAUUCUGGGAGGAGCUGGGGUCCGAGAGCGCACACGCCUGGCUGACCUGCAGAGCGCCGCCAUCUUCCUGGCUUUUACCUUUGGGUUCUCCCCUGUUUUAAAGACACUGACCGAGUCUGUUAGUACAGAUACUGUUUAUGCCAUGUCAGCUGUAAUGCUCUUAGCCCACUUGGUGUCCUUCCCCUAUGCCCAGCCUAGCCCACCCGGGAGCCUUUCCCUCAACGCGGCCCUUUUCGGGUCGGUGUGCCUGGCGUCUCGGUUGCCUGGUGCCCUGCAUACCUUCACCAUGCUGAGCUGUGCUAUUCUGGAAUUUGCGCUCUGGCCGUGUCUGCUGCAUCGGAUACGUGAGAAGGCGAAAUGGAGCUUUCCGUGGGCAGCAGGGCUGGUGUGUCUAGGUGGAGUGGGGGGGGUGGGUAGUCUGUGGCCGGAGGGGGCUGUGCUUCUUUCUAUGGCUCUGUUAAUACUCACUUUACUCUGUCCGUUGUUACUAGUCCACCUGCAGAGGCAUAAGGACAAUAUCCACGGUCCCUGGGAUGAGGCAGAGAUAAGAGAAGAUCUCUCUCACUUCCUGAACUAAAAAUACAGACUGGAAACCACAUGGGUUUUUUAACUUUUCUCAAACUCAGGGAUGAAUAAGAAUUGUGUGUCUGAGAUAUCAGAUUAAGACAGUUUGCAACUGUUAAAUGGGUGAAAUGUGCUUUUCCGGGUCACAUUAUUAAAAGAAAAACUCAUAUUUUGCAUAAAGGACAUUUGAAGAGUUCUUUAGCAAAAAUCAUGUUUUUUUAUUAUGAAUUCCAAAACAUGAUAAUUCAAUUUUGAACAUAUUUGUUUUUGCAAACAAACUUUUAAUUUAAAGGCCUUUAUAGGAACAGGACAACUUUUUAUUGGCAAAAUGCAGUUGAAUUAUUUUCAUUUGGGAUUGUAAAUAUAUUCUCAUUACUGAAAUAGUGUUUGUUUAAUGAAUUUAUAUAGGAUGAUUAACAAAAACAACAUAAUGCUCAAAUGUCUUUUUUUGUUGUGUUUUGUAUAUGAGGUUUUGGGGAAAAGUGCAGUAUGACCCAGAGAUGUUUUAUUUUUAUGAGACUGGUCUAUUUUGGUUAAAUUCACUGUAGGGAUCUGUAAAGACUUUAACAGUAUUUUUAUAAUUGUUUGUAACUGAGUUGUCUACUGUUUUAAAAAUGAUUUAAAGAAUAUUAUUAUUAGUAACACGCACAGUGUUCAAAUAAAUCCAGUUUUAAAAUAAUGCUAUUGUUCAUAUUUUUUAUGAAGAAAUUGUGUAUAGACCAUUUUGUGAUGUAUUUAUGUAUGAAUAAAGUCUUUAAUUUUG